GAGUAAUAUUCUAUUCAAACCAUAUUAAAAAGCAAAGAAAGCUAAAAAGAGCACGACAGAUAAAUGCCAAAGAUUGAAUGCAAUAUUUUAAAUAUCAUCAGUUAAAAAGUUUGUGAAAUGACAUAUUUGAAUAAUAAUUCACAGAAAACAGUAGAAUAUAGUGCGAAACAAAGAAUUGGGCAUAUAGUGAAAACUUAAAAGCUCCUUUCAGAAAAGGGUUUUUUCUUUUGGUUUUAUUUAGUUUUUUUUAUUUUUAUUUAAAUACAUAUUGUAUAUGUGCAGACGUAUAUACAUAUAUUUGAUUUAAUUUUGUAGUUAUUUCUCUAGACUCAUUGAUUUUACUUUUUACUCGAUUUAUUCUGUCCAUAAAUAAAUAAUCGUAAUUGAUAAUUAUCUUGAAUCACUUAAACAAAAUUAGGAACGGUAAACUUACUUUAUUAGUCGUGCUCAAAGAAGCUGCUAUUGCUGUAUGUAUAACAGUAAACUCUAAAAUAAUGAGUAGACAUAACAAAAUAUAAGAAACGUUGCGUUAGAAAAGAGAAUUAAAAACAAGCAAAUUAAUUUUGAUUAUAAUUUAAUGGAGCAGCAUGCAAGAUGCGAAGAAAGGAAGAGGGUGUUGUUUGAAAAGCUGCACUGAUUAAAAAAUGUCUUGCAAUACAUAUACAUAUUUAUAUUUUUAUUUACAUAUAUCUUUGUUUGGAAAAAUUUGGCAAGAACAGCAAAAAUGUGCAUUGCAGCCCACUUCCACUUUCUCUUUCUUUCUUUAUUAGUUAGUUUUGUUAAAAUUUAAUCAUUUUGCAAGUUAAAAAUAUCUUACUUGUUGUUCUUUAACCCCACCACUGUAAUUACUACCACAUGUUACUACUAUUUUAAUAUUCAUUUGUACUUCUGAUUUCAUUUUGUUUGACAAAUAGUAUGAUUUUUCUAAUUUGUGUUUAUUACUAAUUUUGUUUAUAACAAUAUUUCAUUUUAUUUGGUGUUUAUGUAGAAAUCGAUUGUUUUUAUGAUUAAGAACUCUUUGUUAAGCUAUUUUAUUUACGGUAUUAAUUUCAUAUUUGUUUAUACUCAUCUACUAAAUACGUACAUUUGACGAUGAUCGAAAGAAUUUAGACAAUAUUAGUUUUAAUUUUUUUUUAGUUUACCUCAAAUAUUAUUUCCCAUUUUUCAUUUACGAAAUGUUAAAAUCUACAUAUGCAUAUAUAUAUGCUUAAAUAAUGAAUAAGGAUUUUCCAUCCAUGUAGCAGUUUGUUGUCCGUCUGCUAAAUUUUUAUUACAAGGGAUAUAUGUUGUACAAAAAGAAACGCAAUACAUAUACAUUUUGUGCACACCUCCACCAUCCUUUUAAUCCGCUUCAAUUCAUCGCGCUUCUCAUACAUCAUUUAUAGUACUAUUAACAUGAAAUUAGUAGUUGGCAACUAAGAUAAUGUUACAUUUUUGUUUGAAUGGAAGCACUCGAGUUUUGUUUUCAAGGACACAUUUAUAGGAUGUAAAAUUUAUGACAGGAAAUGUUUCCAUACAAUCCGAAAUAAAUUACUUUGUUUUAAUUUAUUAUUUAUUAUGUGCUUAUGAUAGUGAAAUGUUUGACAUAUUCGACAUGGUGUACGAUUUCCGUGUGUAAAUUUGAAUUUUGUUUCAACAUUUUUUAUUUUAUGGCGAUAAUAGUAAACGGGAAAACGCAUGCAAUCUGUUCCUGAAUAUAUGUAUAAUAUUCCUGGCAAAAGCCUUUAAACAAUUUCAAACUGUAGUUAUUUUCGGUUUUAGUUGUAUAGUUUUUUAUUAAGUUAUUUUUAUUUUCGUUGGUUGACGGGUCUGAAUUUUUUAUUACUUAAGUAAGUGCCAGUUUUAGAAAUAUGGUAGUCAGAUAUAAGGGAUGAGCUAUCGGGGAGUGUUGCGAUCGCACUACGUGCGAAGCAAUGCUUCAAGUUUAAUUAUUCUUCGCGUUCAUCGUUCUUUUGACCGCGCUCUCGAAAAUGUGCGACUUUCCUUCCAAGAAAGUAUUAAUUUGUCUACCGGUGUUUCAAGUGUAAAAAUUUUAAGUGAUUAGUGAGUGUCAAGAAAUCAACAUGAAUGGAAGCCGUGAAAGGAGUAGUUGACUUGGUUGCAGAGUGGAUUGGCUGGAACAUGUAGUUGCCAUCACUAAAACAGGGAUGGCAGCGAGGUACUGCGCGUUUCAUGCCAUUGGAAUCAGUCGUAAUUAGCAGUUUAUGUAAGCUGUCGCUAUGCAGGUGAGUAUCCCUUGUGCAACGGUAUCGGUUGGACGAGGUGUAUAUUUAAAUGGAAUAUUAAAUAAUAAUUUCAUUUUCGCUAUUGCAUCACCUUCGCCAAAAUUUUUUAUAAACUUAUUUUCAAAUACCUUAUCCUCCUUCCUUUUCCCUAUUGACAUAUGUCAUCUGAAUGUUAUACGGUUUCUUAAAAGCCUUAUGAAUAUUUAAAGUAAAUAUAUGUAUAGAUUUUGUCAAGAUUAUUGGCAACAUUAAAUCUGUAAGUUUGGUUAAACAUUUCUCGAAUUAUUGCCAGUGGAUAUAAACAUACAUACAUACGUACAUCCGAAAAUGAUUAUUCAUUAUUCAUAUAAAGGACGAACGGGAAAGCGUACUUUUCAGACAUAAGGGGAAAACAAAAAUUCAAAUUUCAUUUCUUAUUUCACAUAGAUAAUUUGAAAAUAAAUUUGUUAACAAUUCCGUUGAUUACAAAUGAAAAUGGCUCUUUCUGUAAAAAUGUAGCAGCACAAAUAUAUCCGUUAAUAAAUUUUGGGGAAUGCUGCAGUGACUGCCCAAAUCCGGUAACGUAGAUGCGACUGACGGGGAGUAAUAUUUCAUAUAAACCUCAUUAAAGAGGUACUGUUAGUCACUAACUUGAAACUUCCUACAACAGUCGGUUCUUCGCUGCCGGAAUGUAUGGAUAAUGUUUUAGGCUGUUGCAAAAAGAAUAAUAAUCUUAUUUUCGCGUUUUCGAGCUCGAUUAAACAUAUAUGUGCUUGUUGCAUGUCGCUCAUUUGUUGCAAGAAUGUCAAAUAAUCGUAAAAUACUAAAUAAACCAAAUUGUCGAGAAAAACGGCUAAAAAAUUUUCGAUUUACUAUGCCUCACUAAGUAAAAGUAAAGACACUUUUUCAUCUAAUAAAAUUCUGUUCAUGGCCGUGAAUUUUUACACAGCAUAAAAGAAGAGUUGUGGUCUUUUCUACGUAAAUUUAAUUAUCUAAUAAAUAUAUUUUUUGGGGCUAUAUUCCAUUUUCCAGCAAAUGAGCGAUAUUUGUUUUCAUACAGACAAAUCAUAGUACAAAUCUGGUGCCUUGGAUAAAUUUGACCUGUGUAGUUGAAAAUCAAAUGCAUAUCAAGAAUACCAUUUACUUGAAUCUUUCGAAACUGUCGCUACAUAAUACGUGCCUAGUGCAUGAGUGUGCACAGGAUAAGGAAGUUUUAAUAUGCAUGUAUAUAUCGCAGUCUUCGACAAAACUGAAGGACACAGUGAAAAAAUAUACAAUAUAUUCCAGACUAAUUUUUUUAUAUAUAAUUGCCAAUUAAUUAUGAAGCAUCGGAAUACAUAAAUUAAAUCAAACUUUGUUCUAAAGAGAGUUUUUGUUAUAAUAGUAAAUUUCCAUUACGCUUAUAUCACACACCAGUACAAACACCACACGUCGGAUUAAGGUUCUCUUGCUUGUUUUGAAUUUGAGCCUUCAUCAUCUUGAUAUCGCACUGGCAUGAAAACAAAGUUCAAAUUCAACUCGUCUCUUAUCGAGUAAUUUUAUCAUAGCUGAAAUGCUCAUUAAUCGUAUUUUGCAAAUUGUUUACUUAAAACUUUUAUUCGUGCCAGCGACUAGCUUUUAGGGUGCUGUGAAUUCUUCGUCCUUUUUAAUUAUUUAAAAUUUAUAAAGUUAAAUUAAAAAAUUCAAUGGAAAAUACUACUAAAUUUAGACAAGUUAGAAAAAAGAGAUGUUUGAUAUUACUGUUGUGCCUGAGUUCUGUGGAACACUGGGUCUAAAUUAGAUAAGUUUCAAAGGUUGUUCUUCGAUGAAGUUAAAACAAAUUGAAAGGAGCACAAUUGUGAAUAUUCUAACUGGCAAAACUACUGGCUCGAUGGUUGCGGCAAAAAAUCGUUUACUGUUCAACGCAAAGUAUUUACGGACAUUGUACAAUAUUGCUACAGCAGCGGCAGUCGUCGUCGCAGCAGCUUCUGCAACGAAUGCGGUCAACAUUCACAACAAUAACAACAGCCAAACAGUGGUGGUUCAUAACAAGCAGCGGCACAAUAUUGGUGUAGAUCGAAAUGAUGGCAAUCAAAAUCAUCACAGUCCAAGUGAAAUUGUUGCCAAUAAUUCCCAGCACAAUCUAAAGAUGGCUGGUAUAGGAUUGGAGGCUGGUCCUUCUGCAGUUCUUUCUUCUUACACGGCUGCUGGUACAUUGUCAGAUACAUCAACUCCUACGCAAACUCCAGUGCCUCCAUCUAUGCCACUGUCAACUGCCACGAAUUUGUUGUGCGAGGUUCUUGAACCGGAAGUGUCCAUUCGCACAAUGUACAAAUGUUGUAGAAGCCAUUUUUUUCAGCAGUCUCAGCGCCAAGCGCAACACCAACAUCAGCAUUUACAAGUUAUACCGCCGCAUAAUAUGACAAAUACGUCAACAACAACAGCACCAUCACCAUCACCACCAGCAUCAAUCGCCGAUCAUGUGUCGACUUGCAUACCAGCCUCAUCCACACCCGCAGCACAUCAUGGCAAGUGUAGUGGUUGUCAAAUAUCAACUGCUGCUUCAAUCCAAUUAGCAAAUUUAAUCGGUACCUCAAUGCUCAUGCCACAAACAGCAGUGACUGCCGCAACAGUGCAAGAUGUCGCAUCCAAAGUAAGCGGCACAACGAUAAAUGUUACAACAGACCACAGUGUUGGAAAAAAAUUAGCCGCUACCAGUGUAGACAAGGUGAUAUGUAGAGGGGCAAACAAUGUAGCCGAAAGUGCUAGCAGCGGUGGCAUGGCCAAUACACGCAACCCGAACAGCUCCUCGAACAAAUCGUCGCCUCAUUUAGCGUCUGCGACAAAGAAAGCUACCGUUCAGUUUCAGUGCGAGUUUUGUGCGUUUUCUUGUUCUUGGAAAUAUGAUUUGAAGUUACAUUUGCGGCAGAAGCACGGAAUUCACAACAAGAAAAUGUGAAUGCGAACUGCGGCCGACAACUGUCAAUGAAUAAUGUGCCAAUUACAAUCGCCGCAUACAUCUUAUUCUUUCAAUUUGGAAAUAUUGCCCCAUCUACCAUGUUUUUGCAAUGUUUUCCUUUGAUCUUCAAAUUGUAUUUUUGUAGUCUAGCACUAAGCGCGGUUAACUUCAAUAUUUAUUAUCGUGUAUAGCAUUAGCAUAAGUUGUAUAUAAAAAGGAAACUAUAGUUUGUAUUGCAAAAACCUAUGGAAAUGACAUAAUAAAGAGCCUGUGUGAUUGAA